GUUCUCUUUACUCAAAAGUCCAAUGCAAGAAGAGAUAAAUAUGGAAAACUGGACAAACCAUAAACCUAUCCCCUAAACAUUGGAAAGUGUAGUGUUUGUCAUCUCUUUCAAAGAAGUACUCCACAUCCACCAUGGCCCCAACAACAACAGAUAAAGCUUCUUCAACAAUGGCUGCUGUUUCAAAGAAGGUACUGAUAACAGGUGUAAGUAGAGGAUUAGGAAGAGCUUUAGCUUUGGAAUUGGCUACUUAUGGCCAUACUGUUAUUGGCUGCUCUCGCGAUCAAACUAAACUUGAUUCUCUUCAAUUACAACUCUCGAAGGUUUCUCCUAAUGCCAACCAUUUGCUCCUCAGCAUUGAUGUGAAAUGUAAUAGAAGCGUUCAAGAGUUUGUGAGAACUGUCGUAGAAAAUGAACUCGUUCCCGAUAUCAUUGCUUGCACCAUAUUGUGCAUCAAAGUGGGGAAUUGAAGGAUUAAGCAAAUGCAUAGCAUAUGAAUUACCAAAGGGAAUGGCAAUUGUAGCCUUAGAUCCAGGUUUCAUAUACACAGAUAUGUUGGAAUCAUUGCAGGGUGAUUUGGCCGCUUCAAAGUAUCAAACCCCGCAACAUUGUGACGUCUAUAUCCUAAUGACCAUUCAAGAUCUCCACGAUAAAUUUAUAACCAAUGUGAGAAGAUGUUCUACAAGGCUCUUUGCAAACGUGCAUCAAAAAAUGAUGCACAAUAACACCACACAUCCCACUUUUGCUAAUUGAUCGAGUUCAUAUUCAACAUCGCUUUUGUCAAAAUGAUCAUUACUAUCAGUGUUGUAACAAAGGUAUUCGAUUUCUGUGCAUCUUUUAUUCUCAGACAGCUAUAAAAUCUUAAAUUAGACGACUCUUCAGUUAUUCGGUUUUGUUUACAAAACUACAACUUCAACGACUAUGUUAUUGUGUGCGAAUAUCUACUAAAAAGAAAGAAAGAGCAAGAAUACCACAUGUCCAAGUGUACUGUGUAGUAUGAAUUGGACGUGGCCAUUUUCAAGACUACAAGUUCUCUUUACCCAAAAGUCCAAUGUAAGAAGAGAUAAAUAUGGGAAAACUGGACAAACCAAACCUAUCCCCCAAACAUUGGAAAGUGCAGUGUUUGUCAUCUCUUUCAAAGAAGUACUCCACAUCCACCAUGGCCCCAACAACAACAGAUAAAGCUUCUUCAACAAUGGUUGCUGUUUCAAAGAAGGUACUGAUAACAGGUGUAAGUAGAGGAUUAGGAAGAGCUUUAGCUUUGGAAUUGGCUACUUAUGGCCAUACUGUUAUUGGCUGCUCUCGCGAUCAAACUAAACUUGAUUCUCUUCAAUUACAACUCUCGAAGGUUUCUCCUAAUGCCAACCAUUUGCUCCUCAGCAUUGAUGUGAAAUGUAAUAGAAGCGUUGAAGAGUUUGCAAGAACUGUCAUGGAAAAUGAACUCAUUCCUGAUAUCAUUGUGAAUAAUGCAGGUGUGGCAAAUAAACGAAGUAAUAUGUGGGAGAUUGAUGUACAAGAUUUUGAUAAUGUGAUUGAUACCAACAUCAAAGGGACAACUAAUAUUCUUCGUCACUUCAUUCCUCUUAUGAUUCCUUAUAACCAAGGAAUUAUUGUCAAUAUUUCUUCGGAUGCUGGAAGAGAUAAUAUUCCAUAUAAAUCGCUUGCACCAUAUUGUGCAUCAAAGUGGGGAAUUGAAGGAUUAAGCAAAUGCAUAGCACAAGAAUUACCAAAGGGAAUGGCAAUUGUAGCCUUAGAUCCAGGUAUCAUACACACAGAUAUGUUGAAAUCAUGGAUGGCUGGUGAUUAUUUGCCUUCUCAGUAUCAAACCCCCGAACAUUGGGCUACCAAAGCGGCACCAAUAAUUUUAAAUCUUACAACGAACAACAAUGGAGCAUCUCUCACUAUUAAUUAAGGAUCCAAAAACAUAUAUCGAUGUUAGAUGUUAUUAGGGCUUACUUUAUAAAUUAAGAGAUGUAUCUUUACGUUUGCUUGAGUAAUAAAUAACCAUAUCUUUAGUUUCAUUAGUUAGCUUUUCUUUAGAAGAAAAUGUAUGCAUGUCCUUGUUGGGAUGGAAUUAAGCUAUUUAAAGAACAAAAGUAAAAUUUUUACUCAUUUUUUGUCCA